CGGUUUUGAGCGUGUAGUGUAUAACACGCGUUUGCACGUGCUGCUUUCGACACGAGCAAGUCAUGCGGGCGUAGUUUUUUCGUCUGCUGGUGCGGCGCAGCUAGCGCGCGGCUUCAACAGUACGAUGUCUUCAGCUGUGACAGUAAAUUGUCUAAUGCCGAAGAACGUAGCGGUUAGAGGAGCCAGAACAAACUACAAGGAUACGCCCAUUGAUCCCUCGGGAAGUGAUAGACAUGUGUCAUGCCUGCACCAGUGUCGCCGCUGGUGAACCUCAAAUCUGGGUGGGCAAGGAAAAGGCGUUCACCUUUGAUCAUGUCUUUGACUGUCCUUCGGAGCAAGAGACCGUCUACAACUCUUGUGUCCGACAACUUAUUGAUGGAUGCUUCGAAGGAUACAACGCUACAGUACUUGCCUAUGGCCAGACUGGAUCUGGCAAGACAUACACAAUGGGAACGGGCUAUGACCUGCAUGUAAAUCCUCACGAGCAGGGAAUUAUACCACGGGCCGUGCAACACCUGUUCGAUGGCAUCACUGCCCGCCAGCAAGAAGCAAGAGACCAAGGAAACCCUCCUCCAGACUUCAAGGUCAAUGUUCAGUUUAUGGAGCUGUACAACGAGGAGAUCUUUGACCUAUUGGGCCCUGGCAAAGACACACAUGAUCCGGGUAGGAAGACUGUAAAGAUUCACGAAGACUCAAAGGGAGAGAUCUACACGGUUGGUGUGACUGUGAAGGCUGUACAGAAUGCAGAACAGGUUAUGAAGUGCCUUGAGUCGGGAGCUCUCUCGCGAACAACUGCCAGCACCCAGAUGAAUGUACAGUCAUCUCGAUCACAUGCCAUCUUUACCUUGCACAUCAAGCAGCAGAGGGUGGUCCAAUUAAAUGUAGACGAUGGCGAUGCGGAGGACCAGGAGGCAGACAAUGCCCUUGCUAAGGUCAAUGGCGAAGGUUCAUCAAUUAGCGAAUUCGAAACCCUUACAGCAAAGUUCCACUUUGUAGAUCUAGCUGGCUCAGAACGGCUAAAACGUACCGGUGCCACUGGGGACAGGGCUAAGGAAGGCAUCUCCAUAAACUGCGGCCUCCUUGCACUCGGCAAUGUCAUCUCUGCCUUGGGUGAUGCUUCCAGGAAAGUGCUGCACGUACCCUACCGAGACUCCAAGCUUACGAGGCUACUACAGGAUUCACUAGGUGGAAACAGCCGUACCCUAAUGAUCGCGUGUGUCUCACCGUGUGAUCGGGACUUCAUGGAGACCUUGAACACCCUGAAGUAUGCCAAUCGAGCAAAGAACAUCAAAAACAGGGUUACCAUGAAUCAAGACAAGUCAAGCCAGACCAUCACAGCCCUUAGACUGGAGAUCCAAGAGCUGAAGUUGGAGCUGAUGGAAUACAAGCAGGGCAAACGUGUGGUCGGAGAAGAUGGCACAGAGCAGGUGAACGACAUGUUCUAUGAGAAUACCAUGCUCCAGACAGAGAACAACAAUUUCCGCACGCGGAUCAAGGCCCUCCAAGAGACUAUUGAACGGCUCACUGUCAAAAACACUGAGCUUCUGGCUGAACAAGCGGCUGGGGCAUGGGUUGGCCGUGGGGACUCUGACACUGGUGACGGCGUCAAGAACCUCAUCCAGGGAUACCUAAAAGAGGUUGAAGAGCUCAGGACCAAACUCAUGGAGUCUGAAGAGGUGUGUGCCCAGCAACGAAAGCAGCUUCAGCGCUACCAAACUCGCCUCAGCAUAUCUGCCAACACAACGGUCGCCGUGAGCGGCAUCUACGAUAUCGGCUGUAAUGUCGAAGAGACCAGUGUAGAAGACGUGCUUGCGGAGGCGAAGCGCGAUGUUGAGAACCUGAAGCGAAAGACAAAGCACUUGUCAUCCAAAGCGAGCAAAGAGGAAGAGGACAGUGAAAAGAAGUCUGAUGCCGAUGAGGACACUGCAGAGAUCAGUGGGAACAACGAGAGUUCAGACUCCGAAGCAGAGGAACUAGAGGAAGAUGAAUCGAUUGGAAAGGACCUGGCGAACCUCACCACAGAGAUCUCAUUCAAGCAGAAGCUCAUUGAACAGCUGGAGCAGAGCCAGCGUAGGCUACAGACAAUGCGCAUGCACUACGAGGACAAGCUGAUGCAGCUGCAGCAGAAAAUACGCGAGACUGAGAUAGAGAGGGAUCGCAUUCUCUCCAACAUGAGCUCGGCUGGUGCAUCAAAGGACACCGACGAGAAAGUGCGCAAGAUCAAGAACGACUUUGAGCGCAAACUCAGCCAUCUGCAAGGCGAGCUUAAGAAGAUGCAGUCGGCCAAACGUGAGCAUGCCAAGCUCAUGAAGAACCAGAGCGAGUAUGAGCGGCAGGUCCGCAAGCUCAAGCAGGAAGUGGCCGACAUGAAGAAAAACAAGGUGGCCCUGGUGACCAAGAUGAAAGAGGAGAGCCGUCGACACCAGGAGGCUGAGAAGCGCCGCAAUCGGCAGAUAGCGCAGAUGCUUAAGGAGAGCCGUCAGCAGGAGAACAGAAUCCGCUCCCUUGAGGCUCAGAAUCGCACCAAGGAAACGGUCCUGAAGCGACGCCACGAGGAGAUGGCCGCCCUGCGCCGCCAGGCACGGCCCAUGUCGCAGCGUGUUGCUGGCCGCGUCCCACAGCAGAACCCAGCUGUACGGAAGGCCCUGUUCUCUCCGAAAGCCGCUAAGCAGAGGUGGCAGACACUUGAGAAGAAUAUUGACAAGCUGGUCUUGACAAAGCAAAGUGUCUACACCUUAGAGAAAGACAUGGAGCGAUCACUCUUGGAACGAGAGAAACUAACACGCUACCUGGAAAAAAUGGUGCGGAAGCGAGACAGAGCAUGUCAAGCUGGAAGAGACAUCCGGGACUGGGACGAUCAGAUUGAGAACAUGAGGGCAAAUCUGGAUUACCUGAACGAGAACAUCCGGGAGUGCCAAGCUAACAUCCUCCAAGUUGAGGAAACCAAAGAUGAUACUGAAUGCCUGGAACUGGACACCGUUCUCGAUGGCAUGGUGGACACACAAUCUCGCUACCUGGUUGACAAGCUGUUGCACAUGGCAAUAAACCAGAGUCUUCAGGCAGCGCAGAGCAAGAGCAAGGUCCAGGAGUUGGAGGCCAGGCUGGAACAGGUGGAGGCUAGCGAUGCCAUUCACCAGAACCUGCUGCAGCAUACCAUGAACCAGAUGCAGCUCGAGACCUUGGCACCACCCAGCUGGUCGGAGGAACCGGAGAGUGCUCCCAGCACGAGGUCAUCAUCACCAACCGACAUGUCAACAUCCGAUGCUCAAUCCCAGUGCACGACAGCAACAUUUGCGAGGAGUAAGGCACGUCGCAAAACUGCCACCCCUCAAGAGCUCCUCUACUACCAAUCCACACCAAUGGACGCGUCGCUCCCAUCUCUCUCGGCCGUCGGAGAAGACACUAGCAGUGACAUGACAUCCUCUGUCAUGACUUCAUCCGCCAUGACUUCAUCAGUGUUUGGUGAAAUUCCGGACUCUAUGAUCAUGUCUCAUCCUGACGGCGGCUGCCUCAACCUUGGAGUAGAUGGAAAUCUCCAGCGUGUGCUCAGUGCCCCAGGAUCUCUAAAAGAAGUGGGUGUUGACUCAAUGCCGCCUCCGCGAGGUGUGCCCGGACUUCGCCUGACCAAGCCUCCCGCCAGGCGCUUGCCCCUCGAGCUCUCACCUAUGCUUAGGAGGAAAUUCAAUAACUCUAAUUGUAACCAGCAAUUAAGAAAAGAUGCUGGCAUCGAUGCCACACCACCGCCAUCACCCCCUGUAAAUCGGAAAGUUCGAGACAACAAUGUCUUCUCCAGGCUCACCAGCACAUCCACGAAUCCAUUAGUCAAGCCAGACAGAGGUGUGAUCAAUGUGUUUGAGGGAAAGCCGGGAUACUCGCGGAGCUCCCCUCUGGUCUGCACGCACGUGGCAGAGGGCCACAGCAAGGCUGUCCUCUCCCUGGCCGUCACAGAUGACGUCCUGUUCAGUGCUUCUAAAGACCGCACAGUGAAGGUCUGGAACCUGCACACGGGCCAGGAGAUUCAUUGCCUGCGAGGCCACCCAGAUAAUGUGGUGGCCGUGCGCUACUGCGAAUACCAGCGCCUUACCUAUUCAGUUUCCACGGCCUUCAUCAAGGUGUGGGACGUGCGAGAAAGCCCCGCCAAAUGCAUCCGCACCCUCUUCUCUUCAGGCCAGUGUAGCAGUGGGCCUGUUGUGGCAGAGUCAGCAUCUCGCAGCCUUCAGAUUCCACAAGGGGAGACGCGCAUCAAUGCCAUAGAGUUGAGCCCAUAUGGUACCCUGCUUUUCUCUGCUGCUUCAAACAUUGUUCGCAUUUGGGACAUCCGGAGGUUUGCCUGUGUUGGCAAGCUGGCAGGUGGACACCAGGCAGCAGUGAUGUGCAUGGCAGUGGACGAAGUGGAUAACGACUCCAGUCUUGUGAUCACAGGCUCCAAGGACCACUAUAUUAAGGUGUUUGAGAUCCCAGAGAGCGGGAGUGGGGUCUUGACCCCCAAGGUGAACCUGGAGCCGCCCCACUACGACGGAAUACAGAGCCUUGCUGUCUACAAUGACUACCUGUUCUCUGGCUCGCGCGACAUGUGCAUCAAGAAGUGGGACCUUGCCAAUCGGUGCCACAUUCUGUCGCUGAACCAAGCCCACAAGGAUUGGAUCACCGCUCUUAAUUUCAUGCACAAUGGUACUGCCCCGCCCGUGCUACUGAGUGGCUGUCGUGGAGGCAUGCUGAAGAUGUGGAACACCGAAAACUGCUCGCUUGUUGGCGAGCUUAAGGCACACAGUUCACUCAUCAGUGCCAUUGCCACAAACUCGUCCUGCGUCUUCACAGCAUCCAACAACAGCGACAUUAAGAUAUGGCGAACCCCGGGCUACUAUCUUGAAGCAGAGGUGUGCACCGAAGAUGCCGAGGGCAACAGCACCAAGUUUGGGCCUGGGACAGGCUAGGCCACCUACAAUCGGCUGCAUGUCAAACAUUAACGUCCGCAUCCCGUCCCAGUUUACUUUUGCUUAUUUGUGACACCUCGCACGAAAUGGCCAACCUGCACUAGUUAUAUUUCAUUUUUCUCAAUUGUGGUUAAGUAAUCCUUGCCUUUGUUUGUAUUUUACAUUUAUUUUGUGCAUUAUAUGCAUUAAUUGCUUCAAAAAUGCAGCACAUUAGCAUUGCAUUUUACCAGAUCUGAUUUAUGACUAAGUGUAGUGCUUUAAUGCAGUAAUCUCCUUUGCUGUGAAACUCCUCAACCUCCACUUUUUCUCUUUUUUUUUCUUUUGGAGUGUAAUGCAUAAUAGGCCAUAAGAAAAGUGCAUAGGGUAACUAUCUUUUUGUUACUUCAUUAUGGUUCCCAAGCUUUGUCAUGACAGCCAACCAUAACCAUGACAUGGCUACCAAACAUAAGUCAAAUUCCUUAGAAUGCUUUACACACUGUGAUGACAUUGGAAAAUGUGGAUUAUUCAAACAUUCCUAUAGCAACAUUGCCAGCAACCUUUUUUGUGAUAGUCCUUACAUGCCCAGCGUAGAAGGCUGCUUGAGCAUUCAUUUCCCACACUUUUCGCUUGAGCAUUUGAACAUGCUCCCAACUCAGCUGUUAUUUUAAUUUGCAUUUUUUUAUUAUUUAAAAAAAUGCCCUCUCAUCUUUCAGUUUGUCUUUUUUUUUUUGCCGUUACAUCCUGCCUGCAUGUUUAACCAGAACAAUCUGCUUCCUUUCCGUCCCUGCCACGCCCACUCCCCCAUCUCCCGUGCCUGCCACACUCUUCAAUUUGCGUCAAUGUCACCACCAACCAGCGACAACACCGUGCGAGUUUGGCAAGUGCGGAACAGCCUAGAAAUCUCCUCAGACCUCCCCGACUACUAGCGUCCGACAAGGAUAUGCCGGACGCCUAACCUACCUCCAAGGGUGACGGAAACAACUCGCACCACUGCUGUGCUGUGAUCGAAGUGGACUAUUGUUGCAGCGACAAUGUUGUCGUCGCAGCAGCGCCCCCUGUCAUCCUUCAAUGUUUUUCAUUUUCACUCAAACCAUUCCAAAUCAAAAAUGCUUGAGGCAGCCCCUUUAACAUCUUUUUUUCCAUUUCUGCGAGUGCAUUUCGACUGCCCCUAGUCUUUCACACUUAUAUUUAUAGUUUCCUAUUAAAAGCGUCGUCCAAUUAUAUUAACUUUUAUUGUUAUUAAGUUUAUUCAGCUUUUAACGAGUUUAUUCCAAUAUUGACCAAAGCUGUUCUUGGCUGCCUCAGGAUCUUAGUUUUUUCCUUUUUUUUGAAAGUGUUGCCAAUUUGUAGGCUCACAUUUUUAAAUCGGUGCAAGUUUGUGCGCUGAUUAAAAGCAGGAACCUUCCAUUUCUCUUAAGAUUGUUCUAAUCGAAACUUAUUUAUAAAUUUCAUUCUUUCAGCAACCUCACGACUAUAUAUACUUCAACUAUCAUUAAUUUAUUAAUAUGUCUUAAUGUGUUGUGCUUAUUAAAGGCUGCGAGAAGAAAUCUCAUACUUAGCAAGGCUGCACAUGCUGUGUGUGAACCAGAUGAAUCUUAUGUGCGAGUGGCUGCUUGAAUGCUAGAGAAAGUAGGUUAUUUUUAAAUCUGGGAGGGCAUGUCUUGAUAUAGCAAGACCCGUGGCCACUAGCGAACGCCAGCAUAGGCUAAAAUUUCAGCGAUACAUUCCAGACGUGCAUAUUUUAUUUUAAUGGGUGAGCUAUUUAUUAAGCAAUAUAUUUCCGCAUGUAGCCAUUUACACUCUUUUACUCCGAAUAAAAGUGUUCCCCUUUUAUAUUUACAAACUGCGACAAAUUUUAGUGUCCUUGUAGUACCUGUCGAUGUAACGUCUGUUUUCUUGAGGACUUUGAAGACGUGAAAAGUGUGUUCUGUCUUGGCCAACAUUCCAGUGCUGAAAGUUCUGUACAUGUACAAAGUGUAAGUAGGCGAAUAAAGAAAUGAGGACUGCACGUGAGUCCACUU